AUGUCGUCCCCCACCAAGGCGAGUUCAGCACAACUGGACGCGGUGAAGAAAUACCUUAAGAACUUCGAUCACAAGAAUGACACGGAGAGUAUAAAUGGAUUUGCUGAUCUCCUCAAGGAGCUUAACAUCAAAAUGGCUGUGUUCGACUUCGACCUUACCAUAAUCGGUGCCCACUCAGGAGGAUAUGUUGAUAAGGCCAACGAUGUGGACCACAUCGGAACUUCAGUGACGAGCCACUUCAAGAUUCUCUCCAAGGCGCUCAACGAGAGAGGAAUAAAAAUUACCGUGGCGACGUUUUCUGACAAUGAGGCCAUCCGGUACAGCCGCGCCAGAAACCCCACCCUUAUUUCGGGCGAGGAGAUGGUUAAUUACAGCAUGAAGAAUAGCAAGUGCGAUGCGAAGAUCGAGAAGGUCUAUGCCUACUACCCCCCGUAUUAUCGAGAGCCUCGCCAGUACAGACCGUUGGGUUUGGACAAGCCAAUGAGUCACGACAAGUCGUACCAUUUGAAGCAGAUUAGGACUGACUUUGGAGUGAAUGUCGAUGAAAUUCUAUUCGUGGAUGAUGACAUGAACAACUGCACCUCCGCCAAAAAGGAGGGAUAUUUGACAUUCAACGUUAUGGGGAAAAAUGGCUUCAACUUCAAAAGUGUAAAAGUUAUGUAG